AUGGAACCAGGGGUCUUUACUACUCCAUGUUCUGUUGGUCACCAUGGUUUUGCUUGUGCAUUAUGUAAUAAUGGGGCUAGAAUUAACCUCAUACCACUUUCUAUCUAUAAGAAAUCGGGGUUGGGAAUGCCUAGACCUACCACAAUGCGACUACAGACGGCUGAUAGAUCUAUUAAGAAGCUAGUUGGGGUUGUUGAUGAUAUGCUUGUUCGGGUUGGCGAAUUCCUUCUGCCGGUAGAUUUCAUAAUUCUUGAUUAUGCUAUUGAUCUAGAUAUUUCUAUUAUUUUGGAGAGACCUUUUUAUGCCACAGGAAGGGCUCUUAUGGACUCAGAGAAGAACGAGAUCAAGUUUCGUGUCAAUGAUGAAGAGGUGACUUUUCAGGCUAGCAAGGGAAUGAAGCUAUCGAGUGCUUACGAAAGCAUUUCGGUUAUUGAUGCCAUUGAUGUGAUAGAUGAGACUGUUGAAUUUAAAAUGAAAAAGAAUGUUUGGGUGAGGCUCUAG